CGUUAGUGUCAAUCCGAGAGAGAGUGGCGGUUAAGGCUGCCAUUUGCUCGGCGAGAGAAGGAAUGGUCGACGUGGUGGCGGCUGAGGCAGUGGCUCUCGGUUGUCGGCGUGGAUGAGGCUGUCGAAACGAAGUCUCGUCGGUGCCCGAGUGGAAAGAGGAUUCAUCAAUCUCCCAAUGCUUUGUCCCCUUUAUCUUUGGCCCAACAUCGGUUUUGAUGUUAUAUUCUUCAAGAAUCGCCAUGACAAGGAGGGCGUAGGGGAGCGGCCGGUUGUCGGAGGUGGCAUUGAACAUGUGGAUCAUCACAAAUUUACACCAAUCGAUAUUGGCGUUGUGAAUCAUCGCAUGGAUCGUCUUCGUGUCUUCUUGGGAGAGAGUGGUGUGGUUGAACUUCCUGGGCUUGAGGAUCCGUGUCAACACAUAGAAGAUGAAACGAUACACGGGACUCAUGGAAGAAAUCGUAGGGCGCCGCUGUUGGGGAGUGGGUACGAAGUGUCGGAUGCCCACUUCCUCCAAGAGAGCGGUCUCAUUGAACCGCGCUCCUUCUUCUCCGACGUAGAGCCCGAGAUCCUGUCCGUCCCGUCGAAGCCCGUCAAGAACGGGUGUGGAGUCCCGAUGAAGAAAGUCGGUGAAGUCAACUUCCCCAAAACCGAAGAAGAGUUCACCGACGAAGAUUGUAAAAAGAUGGAGCUCAACGCAAAGGCAAUAAACAUGAUUUAUUGCGGUGUUAAUUCGGAUGACUACCGCAAAAUCUCGCGGUGUGAAACCGCAAAACAAAUGUGGGAGAAAUUGGAGGUCACCUACAAAGGAACCGCGCAGGUUCGGGAGGCCAAAAUCAACCAUCUCACUCAUGAGUACGAACUCUUCUCAAUGAAGGAAAACGAGAAGAUUGAGGAAAUGUUUGAGAGGUUCUCUAACAUCAUUAAUCCUCUCAAUCUUCUCAGGAAGACAUACACCGACCGAGAACUUGUGAGAAAGGUGCUACGAAGGUUAUCCCCAAAAUGGCGUUCAAAGGUGGACGUAAUCGAAGAAGGUCGUGACUUCCAAACAACGACCUAUGAUGCUCUUCGAGGUAAUCUCAUUACCUACAAAACCACCCAACUCUCAAAGGUGGUUGAAGAGAGGAGCAAGAGGUCUAUUGCUCUACCUGCAACAACAUCAACCCUUAACAAUGUUGAUGAUGAAGAUGAUGAUAGCGACGACACCGACCUCGGACUCUUCGUCCGAGAAUUUAAGAAGAUGAUGCUCAAGAAAGGAGCCAAGAAGAACACUCCACCCAAGUGCUAUGGGUGUGGUGAUGACUCGGAAAUGGAGGAAGUGGCCAACUUGUGUCUCAUGACCAUUGAGGAUGGUGAAACAUCAAAAAAGACUUCUAUUGCGUGGUGUUGUCGUUCAACAAUAUAGACAUUUAAUUUCAAAAGUAGUUGAAAGAUAUAUCAGACUGCUGCUUGGAAGACUACUAAACAAAAAUAGCAUCAGACAAUUGUUAUCUUGUGUUAUAUUUCUAAAAUGUAGACUACUAAUUUUGUUGUAUUUUAAACAACCGUUUCUUUCACUUGUAUAAUUCUCAAUAACACUAUGCUUUUUUG